AUGCUUCGACGCUUCACGACUCACGGCCUUCGCACAAACACGUGGAAUGUGCAGAAGCUCGCGACACGCUUCUGCAUCAGCAUCAACGUGCCCACCAUUGCGGAGUCCAUCAGCUCUGGGACGGUCAUAGGCUGGGCGAAGAAGGUUGGUGAUCACGUUUCGGAGGAUGAGGUCAUUUGCCAAAUUGAGUCUGACAAGCUCAAUGUGGAUGUGCGAGCCCCGGCAAACGGUGUCAUUACGCAGAUCAACUACGCUGAUGGAGCCGUUGUUGAGGUUGGCACGGUGCUGUCGACAAUGAAGGAGGGCCCAGCCGGUGCCGAGGCGCCGGCAUCAGCGGCAACAACAACGACGCCCGCCCAAGGGGACGAGGCGGCAGCACCAAAGGAAGCCGCACCACCGAAGCCCAAGCCGCAGGCAACAGCAGCAGCAGCGCCACCGCNGGACGAGGCGGCAGCACCAAAGGAAGCCGCACCACCGAAGCCCAAGCCGCAGGCAACAGCAGCAGCAGCGCCACCGCCACCGCCACCUCCCUCGCAGGUUGUGUCUACCGUGACAGGCUCCGACCCGCGCGUGCGUAGCGUGCGCAUCUCUUCCAUGCGCCAGCGUAUCGCGGACCGUCUCAAGGCGAGCCAGAAUACAUGUGCCAUGCUAACGACCUUCAACGAGAUUGAUAUGACACCGCUCAUUGAGUUGCGCAACCGGUACAAGGACGAUUUCUUCAAGAAGCACAACGUGAAGCUAGGCUUCAUGUCGCCAUUUGUGAAGGCCUGCGCGAUCGCCCUGCAGGAUGUGCCCAUUGUCAACGCCUCCUUCGGUGCCGACACCAUUGACUACCACGACUAUGUGGAUAUCAGCAUCGCCGUCUCCACACCGCGCGGCCUCGUUGUGCCUGUGCUGCGCGACGUGCAGACCGCCGAUUUUGCGCGGAUCGAGAAGCAGAUCGCUGACUUUGGCGAGCGUGCGAAGGUGAACAAACUCACAAUGGCGGAGAUGACAGGUGGCACGUUCACCAUCAGCAACGGUGGCGUGUUUGGCUCGUGGAUGGGGACACCGAUCAUCAACCCGCCGCAGAGCGCCAUCCUCGGCAUGCACGCCACAAAGAAGAAGCCGUGGGUGGUUGGCAACGAGAUCAAAAUCCGCGACGUGAUGGCCGUCGCGCUGACGUACGACCACCGCCUCAUCGACGGCAGCGAUGCCGUGACCUUCCUUGUAAAGGUGAAGAACCUCAUCGAAGACCCCAGCCGCAUGGUGCUCGACCUCGCAUAG